CUCCCCCAACUUGCGAAUUUAGUAAAAUAUUCCAGGGCUUUCAUCAAUUAUGACGACCUCUACGUUACCACACUAGCAGCUCGUCAUGGUGGAUGUGUCUUGAGUGGCGACAAAUUCAAGGAUAUCUUGGCGCAACCAACGUACAGCGAAUUUCAUUCCGUCAUCCUCAAUAGAACAUUGGACAUCAAGUUUCGAUUUCUGCCACAUGAUGUCGUACAUCACGGGGUCGAUGUCUUCUAUAAGGCCCUCCCGGAACUGUUCAUAUAUGAGGAUAUGACCAUACGAGCAUCGGUGAUCGCCCAGAAAAUAUUCGCCAGUCCAGAUGAUCCGGAGUUUUCCAAAGUGUCACUCCGUCGUGAAUCAUGGAGUGAAAAACGAAAGGAGGAGCGGAUCAGUGCCAUAGACGACAUGAUGGCAGAGUUAUGUGAACGGAACGCUAUUCGUCCAUUGGCACUGGAAAAUUUGCCUGGUUAUCAAAUGGAACCAUACGGUGGAUUCUGUGAGGGAAUCGACGACGUCUUUGGUGACACUAACACGCUUAACUCGAGCGAGUUCGAUUCGAGGAGCAAUGGCACGAUUAUGGACGAUCUAUGGAUAGACCCCAUGCCUCCGACGAGUGAUCAGAAAGAAGCCACUGACUUUUCGCUGAUUGAUUUCUCCGAUAGUUUCAACCCCUUCCCCAGCCAAGCCUAUCCCAGAGAGCCUAUGGAGCCGCCGUUAGAUCCAUUCGAUGUACUCCAGACUACCAGCAGUCAAAACAGUUGGGAGAGUUAUCGAUGCGACGACGGCAGCACCAAUCAAAAAUGUUUAAUGGAUGAAGAGAAUGGUCAGCUGAAGAACGCCUAUAGUCAAGAAGACGUUCUUCAGGAGAUUGUAGCCCAUAUCGACACACUGAUUACGACAAGAGAUCGCCUUUCUCGUAGGGAUCCCAUUCCUGAACAACAGCGUUCCAUGGAGGAACUGAUCUCGUUCUUUGAAGAUCCCCCACCGAGUGAGCCCAUCCUCAGUGGCGAUUCCUCUGAUGAACAGAAUAGUACAGAAGGGUUACAAUCACGGACUGAUAUUAAUGUGACGGAAGGUUUCUGCGUUGGCCCACAAAGGCCAACAAAUCAUGCAUUUUCAGAAGAAGAAAUUAGCUACAACCCCAUUCCUCAUGAUGAAGACGUCGACUUGAAGAAGGCCGUCAUCGAUUCCCAAAUAGAAACCGUCUUGUCGUCGAUCUUCCCGGCUGACAUUGUCCAACAAGUACUCGCCGUGAAUGCCAGCCGGAAUGUCGAUUUCCUAGCCGAUCAAUGCGCUGAAAUGUGCGUGUAA